AUGGAAAAGAUCACGGACAAGAUUGCGGCGCUGCCGCCCGACGGAGAGUACUUCUCCCUCGAGUUCUUCCCGCCCAAGACGGCCAUGGGCUUCUCCAACCUGCGCGACCGUCUGAACCGCAUGGAGCAGGGCCUACGCCCCCUCUUUGUCAACGUCACCUGGGGCGCCGGCGGAUCGACCGCCGACAAGUCCCUCGAGCUGGCCGAGCUGUGCCAGCGCGAGCUCGGCAUGACGACCUGCCUGCACCUGACCUGUACCAACAUGAGCCGCAAGCUCAUCGACAAGGCUCUCGACGACGCCAAGGCCCUCGGCAUCCGCAACAUUCUCGCCCUGCGCGGCGAUCCCCCGCGUAAGGACGAGUACCGCACCGACGACGACGACGAAUCCGACGCCGAAGCUGGCGAGGACUUUGUAUGGGCCAUUGACCUGGUCAAGUACAUUCGCAGGAAACACGGCGACUACUUUUGCGUCGGCGUCGCCGCGUACCCAGAGGGCCACGCAGACGAGAGCCACCCGCUCGGGCAGUCUCUGGAGCACGACCUGCCCUACCUGGUCGACAAGGUGCAGGCGGGCGCUGACUUCAUCAUGACGCAGCUCUUCUUCGACAUUGACGCUUACGAAAAGUUCGAGGCGACGCUGCGCCAGCACCCCAGCGGCGCAUUCAAGACCAUCCCCAUCAUGCCAGGACUGAUGCCCAUCCAGAGCUACGCCAUGAUCAAACGCACGGCCAAGCUCAGCCACGCCGCCAUGCCCCCGGCCAUCCUCGACCGCCUCAACGCUGUCAAGGGAGACGACGAGCGCGUCAAGGCCGUUGGCGUCGACAUCCUUGCCGAGCUCGUCGAGCAGGUCCGCACCGUCAAGGCCAAGACGCCCGGCCCCAAGGGCUUCCACUUUUACACCCUCAACCUCGAAAAGGCCGUUACCUUCAUCCUCGAGCGCACCAACCUCAUCCCCGACUCGCCGGCCCUUGAGGAAGCCGUCGUUGACGGCCCGCUCCCCGCGUCUGCCGCGCCGCCGUCCCUCCAAGUCAACGGGCACGCCAUCCCCCCUCCGCGCAGCCACUCGCGGUCCUCGCGACGGCACUCCUCGGUCGGCUCGGACCCGCACAACCGCGUCAUCGUCGACAACGGCGGACGGCGUGCACCGAAUCCCGCGUGGGAGGCGACCGGCGCCGAGGCGGCCGUGCCCGCCGAGGCGCUCAACGCGCGCGCCAACACGCUGGCCAUCUCCGAGGGCGAGGGCGCCCUCGGUCGCGAGGCCACCUGGGACGACUUCCCCAACGGACGCUUCGGCGACGCGCGCUCUCCCGCGUACGGCGAGAUUGACGGCUACGGCGUCAGCCUGCACGUAUCGGUCGCGCAGGCCGUCCGGCUGUGGGGCCGCCCGGCGACCACCGCGGACCUCGACGACAUGUUCGUGCGGCACGUGCGAGGGCAGCUGGCGGCGCUGCCCUGGAGCGUCGAGGAGGAGCUGCUCCCCGAGUCCUCGGCCAUCACGCCGCACCUGGCCGCGCUCAAUGCACGCGGCUGGUGGACGGUCGCCUCGCAGCCGGCCGUCGACGGCGCGCGCUCCGCCGACGAGACCUUCGGCUGGGGCCCCGCCGACGGCUUCGUCUUCCAGAAAGCCUUUGUGGAGUUCUUCCUGCCCGCCGCCGACUGGGCGGCGCUGCGCGACCGCCUGCGCCGCGAUGGCACCCACGAGGUCGUCUGCUUCUACGCGAGCAACGCCAAGGGCGACUUUGUCUGCUCCGACGGCGCGACCGGCGGGAGCAGCAGUACGAACGCGGUGACGUGGGGCGUGUUCCCGGGCAAGGAGAUUGUCACGCCGACGAUCAUCGAGGAGGUGUCGUUUCGCGCGUGGUGCGAGGAGGCGUUUAGCAUCUGGGACGAGUGGUCGCGCGUGUACCCGCGGGGGUCGCCGAGCGCGGCGCUGCUCGGCGGCGUGCGCGACGACUACUGGCUGGUCAACGUCAUCCACCACGACUUUGUGGACCAGCAGGCGCUCUGGGACCUGCUGCUCGCGUAG